CUCAUUUCCUCUUUUAUUAAAAGAAACUUGUGGGAUUUCCUAGUGGGUUACACCAAUUGGGGCUGCGAGUUGCUCUCAUUGAUCACAGCAUCCUGUUACUGCUUGAAUGUACCAAUGGGGGAUUUAAAUGCAACAGCUGGGAGGCUCUCACCCCGCUGUUCACGCCGGGGUUUGUAGUAUCGUUCCCCGUCCGCAGCGUGCUGAGGAGUGGAGGUGUGGACUACAACUCCCGGCAGGCAGCACGGGCCGGGUGACGUCUGCGCAGUGACGCGUAGAGGCUGGCGUUGUUUAUUGUGGCCGGGGACGCCAUCACGGUACAAGGGGCUAGUGGGUGCAGCAGCAGGAAGCGGGGGGAGGGAAGAGAGAUCAUCCAUUGCCAUCCGCUCCGCUGCUGGUCGAUAUCGACUUGGUCGUUGCUGUACCAUUGCCGUGGCGAGUGGUGCUAUCAGCCCGGGUGGAUAUUGGAGCAAAAAGGAGAGAAUUGUUUGUUGGUGGUGGGGGAAGGAGAGACAUCAAUCAUUUUCCGGCCGAGGGGGUUCUGUUUUCAUCAGGGAAUCGAUAAACCGGCUUUUUCACCACCUCCUCCUUGAAAAGAAACCGCCGACUCUCUGCGGCCGUUCGUCCUUCGUUCCUGCCUGUCGUCGUCCUCGUCCUCCUCCGGCCGACACAGUCGCCAUGGCCUGCGGAGCCACUCUCAAAAGGACUAUCGAUUUCGAUCCCCUCCUCAGUCCCACGUCACAGUCCCCGAAGAGGAGGCGCUGCACCCCGCUCAACUCAGCCGCUUCCCCCCAGAAAUACCUGAAAAUGGAGCCGUCUCCCUUCCGGGAGGUGACCCCCCACCUCACCACAGAGCAAAUUCUAUACAACAUAAAACAGGAGUACAAACGCAUUCAGAAGAGGAGGCAUUUAGAAAGCUUCCUGCAUCAAAGUGAGGGAAGUUGUUCAAGUGAUGCACCAUCUCAUGUUCCAAUUUUAAAUGGACCAGCUUUGCAAGAAUACCACAAGCUUCUGGGACAAGUGGCAAAUUGCAGUGGCACUUCAUCUGGAUCAUUGUCACCACAGUCAAAGAAAGACCAGCCACUUUUCACUUUGAGGCAAGUUGGAAUAAUCUGUGAACGCCUGAUUAAAGAGCGUGAAGAGAAGAUCCGUGAAGAAUAUGAAGAAAUACUGGAUACAAAGCUGGCAGAACAAUAUGAUACUUUUGUGAAGUUCACACAUGACCAGAUAAUGCGACGAUAUGGAGAACAACCUGCAAGCUAUGUGUCUUGAAUUGUUCCAUGUUUCUGCGGAGUGCCCUUCCUUUUGAACACUGCAAGUUGGCUGUUUCUCUGAGACUUGUAGCAGUGCCAUAUUAACCACCUGUGAGCACAAGGUGUUUCCAGCUUGUCAGUGGCAACCACUUUCUGCAGCAUAUGUUUAUUGGAGUGCUCCCUGAUUUGUCAUCACUUAAUUGGACCUUUGCUACCUGUACUUAUAUACCAGUGGCUCCCUGUUUAAAAUUUUGCUGUAUUGUUAAAAUCCAAAAAGCUUUUUCCUUUGAUUUUAAUGACUUUAAAGGAGCAAUGCUGGUAUUCCAGAAUUAGCCCUUCGCAUAUAAUUUCAGCAUUGUAUCAUAAAUGUUGGACUUUUAAGAGAAGAAUCAGUCCAGUAUGGUUUUGACAAUGGGCUUUUUUUUUUGCAAACUGACUUCUAGCUGCAAAAGGCAUUCAAGGAGAACCGUCAAUUUAUUUUUUAAAUUACUAUUACCUGUGUAAGUGUUCUUAAAUUUUUUCAAGCUGGAUUUGUGGAGGCUUUUUGUUGCCUGGUUUUAGAACCAAUUCAUAUUGACAAUACUGAGGUUCACUAUCAGAUCUGCAGGUGAGCAAGGUGAAAUGUUGCUUCCUUAUUUUAAUGUGAUUUAGUAUUUUCAUUUAAACUGAUUUAGUGAAGAAUAAUUCAAUCUAGUCAUGUUUUGAAUCCAAGCCUCGAACUUGACUGAGUUGAAGCAACUUGAUCUGUUUUCCUGACACCAAAAGGGCAUGGCUGCAGUUUGACCUUUGUUUCUGUUUUGGAUAUUUACCUUUGUUAAUAGUAAAUAUGUUAAAUCAAAAUGUUGCUUUCCAAGAACUGUUUGGAUGCUAGGAUACAAAUUUGACUCUUUUAAAACCUGAGGUUGUUGAUUUCUAACUUUUACUAUUGUGGUGAUUCGAGUGAAUUUUGAAAAUGACUUGCAAAAAAACUAGGUCAGGUUAGCCAUUAAACUAUAAAUAUCCAAGAAAACUUAAAGUGAACAUGCUUCCAAGAGCAGCUGUGAAGAUGCAGCAGUUAGUAGCAAUGUCUUUAGUGUCUGCAGGCGUGUGAUUUUUAAAAUGUCUGGAGGGUAAGGUUUGCAAAAGCUCAUUGUGCACUACACUUCUUCUGCAGGCAAAAAGUCUGUUUGAAUGUUGAAUGAUGAGAUUAAUUAUCCCUACUAUAUGGUGUGAGAGGUUGCCUGCGUGUAUCUGUGGUCUUGCCUGUUAAACGAAGGGCUCAAACAAGUUUUUUUUUCAAGAAGAAUUAAGAGGGGCUCGGAAGGGGUAACUGAAGCUUCAUAGUAAUUUUUUGGAAAAUAGUAAAUUUUAUUUAUUCUAGCAGUCUUUCAAAGUUUAUUUCUUUUUGAUGUACCAUUAUUUUACUGUUCUUUGUAGUGUAAUGGAAUUUAGUUGACAAUAAAAAAUGUUUACAUCCA